AUGACUACCGGCGAUAGGGACGGCGUUCAUCAGCUUGCCGCCAGCGUCGACACCCUUUCCCUGGACCGCCUUGGCUCUGGCUCGAGCUCAGCCUCGACUAUCCCUUCUGUCGCCGGCCAUGCUCCGACGAGUCCUGCCGGGUGUUUGACCCCGCCCGAGCUGCCUCGACUGCCGCCAGAGCUCCUCGAGUACACCGUCUCGCUGCUCGCGUCCGGAGCCGCCGCCUCGGGCGAUCCCGACGUGCAACGCGCCCUGGUCCGCCUCAGCGGCGUCAGCCGGCUGAUGCGCCAUUGGGCCUUGCGCGCCCUCUACACGGUCCUCGUCCUCCCGCGCCACGUUCGCGACUUUCGCAAGUGGUAUGCUCGCAUGCGCUCCGCCCUGCCACCCUUUCCCUUUGCCGGAUACACCCGCGCCCUCUUCUGCGCCCUCGACGACAUAUCGCGCCUGACUACGUUUUCGGCGGGAUGGGACAAUGAGAUGCUCCGCAUGCUGCAUUACGCUGGGCCCGACCUCACCCACCUCUCUUUGUGGCGUUCAGAAUCCACGGCGCUGCUUCGCGAUCCAGGCCAAGUCAGGGCCGCUCACAGGCUGGGAAAACAGCAGCCGGCGUGGUCAUGGGGAUCGGGCGGCAGCAUCGAGUACCAAGACGUCGACUCCCCUCCUGCCUCCUCGCAUGCGCCCAACGACGGCGCCGCUGUCUCGGCUUCUCCGGUCGAGGGCGGUGCGCUCUACACGGCCUCUGAGCUCCAAGAGAUGCCCAACUGGCUCCGAUCCGAGAUCGCCUCGUCCGGGUCCAAGGACGUAACCAGACGCCACAAGGCCCACCUUGUCCCCACGCUGCCGCCCACCACGAGGCUGAACGGUUGCAGGCCCACAAAGAUCAGCAUCAUGCUGUCGAUGCCCCUCUACGAGCACGAGGACCCAGCCCUGUUUGCCAUGAUGUCGAUCUGGAGCCGCGUCGAGGAGCUCGACGUCUUCAUCCCCACGCCCAACCAGGCGCAAAAGUGCCUGAUGCUCAUCGCCUCACUGCAUCGCAGUCCGAUCCGGUGGUUGAGACUGACCACCACGCAUGCCAGCCUCGUGCUGGUCAGGGCGCCGUUUCCGAGGUCACAGCGGAGAGGGGAAGCAGCCAAGACCAAGACCGCCCCACCCUCUGCGACAACGGCAGUCGACGCAACCAUCAACGUGGUCAAGGCUCUCGCCGACUUACUUUCGCUCGACCACCUUCGGGCUUCGUUGAUCAACGAGUUGACCGGCCAUCAUGUCGAGCAGAGGUCCGUGCUAGAGCAGAUACUUCUGCAACGCGUGCAGCUCCAGACCGGCCUGGCGCCCGAGCAACUCAAUCGACAGCUUCGAAUCGUCCUGACCCAGGACAGUCAGCAGAAUUGGGGAAAGCUCAAGGAUCGGCUGUGGGAUUUCCACCAGCGCGUCCAAGGCAUCAGCGAUGGUGCAUGGGAGCUCCUCUCGUGA